AUGUUUUGGAAGGAUAGCGGCAGCCGGAGCAGCAGCGGCAGCGGCCGGGAUCAGAACGGCGUCGGCCCCUUCGGCCAAGUGCGCGUCCUCAUCGUCGGUGAUUCAGGUGUUGGGAAAUCUUCAUUGGUGCAUCUCAUUUUAAAAAGUUCUGCUAUUGCUCGACCAGCUCAAACAGUAGGAUGCACUGUGGGAAUUAAACAUGUUACUUAUGGAAGUGCGGGUGGUUCAUCUAAUAACAUCAGUGAUGCUGAAAGGAACUUCUUUGUUGAGCUUUGGGAUGUCUCAGGACAUGAACGGUACAAGGCAUGCCGGUCGAUUUUCUAUACACAAAUCAAUGGUGUCAUAUUUGUUUAUGAUCUCUCUCAGAGGAAGACCAAGACAAAUUUGAAUAAAUGGGCAGUUGAAGUUGCUGAAACUGGCACAUUUUCAGCUCCAUUGGGAUCUGGUGGACCAGGAGGACUUCCGGUGCCUUAUCUGGUAAUUGCUAAUAAAGUGGAUAUCCUUCCAAGAGACGGGACAAGAGCAAGCAGGGGGAAUCUUGUUGAUCUUGCUCGCCAAUGGGCUGAGAAGCAGGGCCUUCUUCAAUGCAGUGAAGAACUUCCACUCACAGAGAGCUUUCCUGGAAACUCUAGUCUUGUGUCGGCUGCUAAACAAGCAAGAUAUGACAAAGAAGCUGUGAUCAAGUUUUUCCGCUUGCUGAUCAGAAGAAGAUACUUUUCAAACGAACCUCCUGCCCCAAGUCCCUGGUCCCUUACUCCAAGAGAAGAUACCAUCCUUCCUGUGGAGAGUCUUGGAGGUGGCGUCGAUAGCUUCCAAAGGAAAAGCCUUAGCGGUGAGGGGUUUUUGUACAACGGAGUAGUCCCACUCCCAGCGCAGAGGAACCUCACACCGCCACCAACUCUGAACCCGCAGCAGCCUGUGUCGUCCUUGGAUAACUACAGCAUUUGA